AUGUCUUCCUUCCAGCCCGAAUCCUCUGAUGCUAUUGCCAUCAACACGAUCCGCACUCUCGCGGUCGACAUUGUCUCCAAGUCUAACUCGGGUCACCCUGGCGCGCCCAUGGGUAUGGCACCAGUCUCUCACGUCUUGUUCAGCCGUUUCUUCAAGGCGAACCCAAAGAACCCCAAGUGGUUCAACCGCGAUCGUUUCGUACUCUCUAACGGCCACGCCUGUGCUCUCCAGUACACUCUCUUGCAUCUCUUGGGAUACAAUGUUACCAUCGAUGACUUGAAGAACUUCCGUCAAUUGGGUAGCAUCACCCCUGGACACCCCGAGGCCGGCGUUACUGAUGGUAUUGAGGUUACCACUGGUCCUCUCGGCCAGGGUAUCGCCAAUGCUGUCGGUCUUGCCAUUGCUGAGCGCCACUUUGCUGGUUCUUACAACAAAGAGGGCUUUGAGCUUAUCAACAAUCACACCUAUGUAUUCCUUGGUGACGGCUGCUUGAUGGAGGGUGUCUCUGGAGAAGCUUCUUCGCUCGCUGGACACCUCCAACUCGGCAACCUCAUUGCGAUCUAUGACGAUAACCACAUCUCCAUCGAUGGCGACACCAACGUAGCAUUUACCGAGGACGUCGUCAAGCGCUAUGAGGCUUACGGCUGGGAAGUCCUCGUUGUUGACAACGGUGAUGAUGAUCUUGCCGCCAUCCACGAUGCGAUCGCAAAGGCACAGCAGUCCAAGGACAAGCCUACUCUCAUCAAGCUCCGCACCACCAUCGGCUAUGGAUCCAAGCUCCAGGGCACCCAUGGCGUCCAUGGUGCUCCUCUCAAGGCCGAUGACGCUGCCAACGUCAAGACCAAGUUCGGCUUCGACCCCCAGGGUCACUUUGUUGUCCCCGAUGAGACCAAGGCUGCUUAUGCCAAGAUCGUCGAACGUGGCGCUGCCCUUGAGGCCGAAUGGGAGAAACUCUUCGGUGCCUACAAGAGCAAGUAUCCCGAAGAACAUGCUGAGCUCUGCCGCCGCAUUGCCGGCGAACUUCCUCAGGGUUGGGAACAGAAGCUCCCCGUCUACAAGGUUGGCGACCCAGCGAUCGCCUCGCGUUCGCUUUCCGAAAAGGUCCUCCAGGCGAUCUCCGGCACUGUUGUCGAGCUCGUUGGUGGAUCCGCCGAUUUGACCGGUUCCAACUUGACUCGUGUCAAGGAAGCUGUCGACUUCCAGCCCCGCAGCACUGGUCUUGGCGACUACUCUGGUCGUUACAUCCGCUACGGUGUCCGUGAGCACGCCAUGGGUGCGAUCAUGAACGGUCUCGCAGCGUAUGGUGGUAUCAUUCCCUUCGGUGGUACCUUCUUGAACUUCGUCAGCUAUGCUGCUGGUGCCGUUCGUCUCUCUGCCCUCAGCCACCACCAAGUCAUCUGGGUCGCCACCCACGACUCGAUCGGUCUCGGUGAGGACGGUCCCACCCAUCAGCCUGUCGAAACCGCUGCCCACUUCCGUGCUAUCCCCAACCUUGCUUUCUGGCGCCCGGCCGACGGUAACGAGACCAGCGCUGCCUACCUCGUAGCCCUCAAGUCCAAGAAGACCCCAUCAAUUCUCUCCCUCUCUCGCCAAAACCUGCCUCAACUCGAGAACUCUACCAUUGAGCACGCCGUCAAGGGAGGCUACGUUUUGCAUGAAGUUCAGAAUGAGGAUUUGACUAUUGUCUCGACCGGUUCUGAAGUCCCCAUCGCUGUUGAGGCCGCUGGCCUCCUCGAGAAGGAGGGCAUCAAGACCCGUGUGGUUUCUCUGCCAUGCUGGGAGGUCUUUGACGCUCAGCCUCAAGAGUACAAGCUCAGCGUUUUGCGCAGUGGUGCUCCGAUUUUGUCCGUUGAGGCCUACGCGACCCUUGGAUGGCAAAAGUACAGCCACGAACAAUUCGGUCUCCCUGGAUGGGGUGCUUCUGGUCCUUACCAGAAGGUAUACGAGUCAUUCGGCCUCACCGGUGCCAACAUUGCCAACCUUGGCAAGAAGACCGUCGAGUUUUACAAGAAGAAGGGCGGCGAGGUCGUCUCUCCUCUGCUCAGGGCGUUCUAG